AGAGGACGCCGGCUUCCCGGGGGAAUUAGAGGCGUCCUCCCGCCCUCCCGCCUCGAGAGGCAGGAAUGCGAAGGAUCAGCUUUCAGCAAAGCUGCGGCUGCCUUUCCGGGGAGCUCCCGGUGCAGGCCCUUCCCGAGCGGCCGAAUUAACUGGUUCUGUCUGUCCAACUGGGAGAACAGCUCCAGCUAAAAAUAGCGCCCUGCCCUGCGCUGGUCGCCGGGAGCCGGGGCCGCGACCGUGGGAGUCCGGGCCGCGACAGUCCAAGGAGCCCGGGGAGUCCCGGACGCUCCACCCCGGGCCUGGCCCAGUCCCACCCCCGAGGCCGCGGCGGAGACCGCCGGCACAGCGCUGUCCCCACAGGUGCCGGGGAGGGUGGAAGGCCAGCGGGCGGAGGAGCGGCUGCGGCCGUCCGGGAUGGGAGCCGGCGGGGCGGCCUCCCGCGCGCUGGCCUGGGCCUCCCUGCCCCUGCUGGGGCCUCCGGCCGGCGCGCUCUGCGAGGACACGCUUUGCUGCCGAGAGUCGCCCCAGGAAAGGCCAGGCUCCCGGCGCAGUCUACCCGGCAGCCUGUCGGAGAAGAGCCCCAGCAUGGAGCCCUCGGCCGCUACGCCGUUCCGGGUCACGGGCUUCCUCAGCCGCCGCCUCAAGGGCUCCAUCAAGCGCACCAAGAGCCAGCCCAAGCUGGACCGCAACCACAGCUUCCGCCACAUCCUGCCGGGGUUCCGGAGCGCCGCCGCCGCCACCGCCGCCGCCGCCGCCGCGGACAAUGAGAGGUCCCAUCUGAUGCCCAGGCUGAAGGAGUCUCGCUCCCACGAGUCCCUGCUCAGCCCCAGCAGCGCGGUAGAAGCGCUGGACCUCAGCAUGGAGGAGGAGGUGGUCAUCAAGCCCGUGCACAGCAGCAUCUUGGGCCAGGACUACUGCUUCGAGGUGACGACGUCGUCGGGAAGCAAGUGCUUCUCCUGCCGAUCGGCAGCUGAGCGGGAUAAGUGGAUGGAGAACCUCCGGCGAGCGGUACACCCCAACAAGGACAACAGCCGGCGUGUGGAGCACAUCCUGAAGCUGUGGGUCAUCGAGGCCAAGGACCUGCCGGCCAAGAAGAAGUACCUGUGUGAGCUGUGCCUGGACGACGUGCUCUACGCCCGUACCACGGGCAAGCUCAAGACCGACAAUGUCUUCUGGGGGGAGCACUUUGAGUUCCACAACCUGCCGCCCCUGCGCACCGUCACUGUCCACCUGUACCGGGAGACGGACAAGAAGAAGAAGAAGGAGCGCAACAGUUACCUGGGCCUGGUGAGCCUGCCGGCUGCCUCCGUGGCUGGGCGGCAGUUCGUGGAGAAGUGGUACCCGGUGGUGACACCCAACCCCAAGGGCGGUAAGGGCCCUGGGCCCAUGAUCCGCAUCAAGGCGCGCUACCAGACCAUCACCAUCCUGCCCAUGGAGAUGUACAAGGAGUUUGCCGAGCACAUCACCAACCACUACCUGGGGCUCUGUGCGGCCCUCGAGCCCAUCCUCAGCGCCAAGACCAAGGAGGAAAUGGCAUCGGCCCUGGUGCACAUUCUGCAGAGCACGGGCAAGGUGAAGGACUUCCUGACGGACCUGAUGAUGUCAGAGGUGGACCGCUGCGGGGACAACGAGCACCUUAUCUUCCGGGAGAACACGCUGGCCACUAAGGCCAUCGAGGAGUACCUCAAGCUGGUGGGCCAGAAGUACCUGCAGGAUGCACUAGGUGAGUUCAUCAAAGCACUAUAUGAGUCGGAUGAGAACUGCGAAGUAGACCCAAGCAAGUGCUCGGCCGCCGACCUCCCUGAGCACCAGGGCAACCUCAAGAUGUGCUGCGAGCUAGCCUUCUGCAAGAUCAUCAACUCCUACUGUGUCUUCCCGCGGGAGCUGAAAGAGGUGUUUGCCUCAUGGCGGCAGGAGUGCAGCAGCCGAGGCCGGCCCGACAUCAGCGAGCGGCUCAUCAGUGCCUCCCUGUUCCUGCGCUUCCUCUGCCCGGCCAUCAUGUCGCCCUCGCUCUUCAACCUGCUGCAGGAGUACCCCGACGACCGCACAGCCCGCACCCUCACCCUCAUUGCCAAGGUCACCCAGAACCUGGCCAACUUCGCCAAGUUUGGCAGCAAGGAGGAGUACAUGUCAUUCAUGAACCAGUUCCUGGAGCACGAGUGGACCAACAUGCAACGCUUCCUGUUGGAGAUCUCCAAUCCCGAGACCAUCUCCAACACGGCCGGCUUUGAGGGCUACAUCGAUCUGGGCCGUGAGCUCUCUAGUCUGCACUCGCUGCUCUGGGAGGCCGUCAGCCAGCUGGAGCAGAGCAUUGUAUCCAAACUGGGGCCCCUGCCUCGAAUCCUGAGGGAUGUCCACACAGCACUGAGCACCCCAGGCAGUGGGCAGCUCCCAGGGACCAACGACUUGGCCUCCACUCCUGGCUCUGGCAGUAGCAGCAUCUCAGCCGGGCUGCAGAAGAUGGUGAUAGAGAAUGAUCUCUCUGGUCUGAUAGAUUUCACCCGGUUACCGUCUCCAACCCCCGAAAACAAGGACUUGUUUUUUGUCACAAGGUCCUCCGGGGUCCAGCCCUCACCUGCCCGCAGCUCGAGUUACUCGGAAGCCAACGAGCCUGAUCUUCAGAUGGCCAAUGGUGGCAAGAGCCUGUCUAUGGUGGACCUCCAAGAUGCCCGCACGCUGGACGGGGAGGCGGGCUCCCCGGCGGGCCCCGACACCCUCACUACCGAUGGGCAGGCGCCGGCAUCUCAGCUGGCGGCCGGGUGGCCGGCCCGGGCGGCCCCAGCGAGCCUGGCAGGGCUGGCCACGGUGCGGCGGGCGGGCCAGACCCCAACCACGCCGGGCACCUCCGAGGGUGCCCCCGGCCGGCCCCAGCUAUUGGCGCCGCUCUCCUUCCAGAACCCCGUGUACCAGAUGGCGGCUGGCCUGCCACUUUCGCCUCGUGGCCUUGGCGACUCGGGCUCCGAGGGCCACAGCUCCUUGAGCUCCCACAGCAACAGUGAGGAGCUGGCAGCUGCCGCCAAGCUGGGAAGUUUCAGCAGCACCGCUGAAGAGUUGGCGCGGCGGCCCGGGGAGCUGGCGCGGCGGCAGAUGUCACUGACUGAGAAGGGCGGGCAGCCCACGGUGCCGAGGCAGAACAGUGCCGGCCCCCAGCGGAGGAUCGACCAGCCACCGCCACCACCCCCACCGCCCCCUCCUGCGCCCCGUGGCCGGACGCCACCCACCCUGCUGAGCACCCUGCAGUACCCGCGGCCCUCGAGUGGAACCCUGGCAUCGGCCUCGCCUGAUUGGGCUGGCCCCGGAGCCCGGCUUCGGCAACCCUCAUCUUCGUCCAAGGGUGACAGCCCGGAGCUGAAGCCUCGUGCGGUGCACAAGCAGGGCCCUUCACCUGUGAGCCCCAAUGCCCUGGACCGCACGGCCGCUUGGCUCUUGACCAUGAACGCGCAGUUGUUAGAAGACGAGGGCCUGGGCCCAGACCCCCCCCACAGGGAUAGGCUAAGGAGUAAGGAGGAGCUCAGCCAAGCAGAAAAGGACCUGGCAGUGCUGCAGGACAAGUUGCGAAUCUCUACCAAGAAGCUGGAGGAGUAUGAGACCCUGUUCAAGUGCCAGGAGGAAACGACACAGAAGCUGGUGCUAGAGUACCAGGCACGGCUGGAGGAGGGUGAGGAGCGGCUGCGGCGGCAGCAGGAGGACAAGGACAUCCAGAUGAAGGGCAUCAUCAGCAGGUUGAUGUCAGUGGAGGAGGAGCUGAAGAAGGACCACGCUGAGAUGCAAGCAGCUGUAGACUCCAAACAGAAGAUCAUUGAUGCCCAGGAGAAGCGCAUCGCCUCACUGGACGCCGCCAACGCCCGCCUCAUGAGCGCCCUGACGCAGCUGAAAGAGAGGUACAGCAUGCAAGCCCGUAACGGCGUCUCCCCCACCAACCCCACCAAAUUGCAGAUUACUGAGAACGGCGAGUUCCGAAACAGCAGCCAUUGUUAACCUGCCCAAGGAGGGAGGACCGUGGCGGCUCGGGGCCAGCCUCAGCCUGGGGAGCCCCAGCGCGGGGGCGGGAGGCCCAGGCCCCCCCCUUCCCUCCACCUGCGGUCCAGGAGGUGCCACGGAGGGAGCCUCGACAGACUGACGCAGCGUGGGCCCGCUCCCCUCUCUUCUGGCCCGAGAAGCGAGUUCGGUGCAGGCCAAAGAGACUGCAGGCUGGGGGGUGGGACGGCCUGGGGCAAGCAGGGGGCCUGCCAAAAUAUGUCUCUGCUGGUUAUUGAAUUUGGUGUGUAUCACCUUUCUUUCUUGACCUGGCCAAAUGCAUGUACCCCCUACACCCUCCCUAGGGAGGGAGCACCUGCAGAGGUGGAGGAUUGAAGCGGUGGGGGCCCAGGCGCCUGCCCUGGGGGACUUGCCCCUUGGUUCCAGGGGCUGAUCGGUCGAUUGGCAGGCAGGGAGAGGGUGGGAAGGACGGAGCCGUUGGAGUUCCUGUCCCCCGCAGGUCUCCACCCUGAGCACCUGCCACUGCAUGCGCCCUGUCCGGGGACCCUUCCUGGCUGUGAGGAACCGAGGAUUCCCCCCUGUACCUGCCCCCAGACUCCCCGUCCCCCCCUUCCUUAUUUGUGUUGCCAAACAGACCCAGUGAGGAUCCUGGCUCUUUCUUCUGGGCCCUUGUCUCUGUGGGGAGGAUCCAGAGCCUCCCUCACUUGCCACCUGGGCCCAGCCUGACACUCCGGGGCUCCCCAAAGCCAAAGAUCUGGGCAGAGUGGGCCCAGAUGCCUCUGUGCCUGGUACCCGCCCUUCUCCUGGGGCCGGCGCACCGGGAUGCAGUGGCCCUUCAGGGAGUGGCCAGCGGUUCUCACCCUGAGAGAACGGCUGAUCUUCCCUGAUGGAUGGUGAAAAGAAAGUCUGAUGCCAGUAGGCCCUGAGAAGGUGGAUAACUGUGAUUUUUUUUCCUUUCACAGUAUGCAUUAGAAACAAAAGCCCGCUUGCUCGCUUGCUGGAACACAGGGGCCUUUUAAAUUGAGCGUGCGCACUGCAUGGGAAAUAGCGGCCCUGGAGGAUGUUAGACUUGCUCCCUCUCCAAGACAGCAGCAGCCUGCACCAGGCCCCGUGUGUGCGGCCGGCCUCCUCCUCACCCUUCCCGGGCCCCCCGGCCGAGGACCCAGGCGCUGCAGACAGGAGAGGGGCACGGCUGGGGCUGGUUUUCCCCAGCUCUAGGCUGUUCUGUGGCUUCUCAGCCCUCCCUGCUCCCCCCCUCCCCCCCGCCUUGCGGGACAUAGGUGGGCAGGAGCUUGGGUCUGUCUCGGCCCUUCCCUGUUCCCACCCCCAGCCCUGGUAAUCUCGGGCGGGAGCUGGGCGUUUGCCCCACAGCAGCAGCAGAGCCAGGGCCGCAGAGCCGGGGCUGGGCGAUUCGCGGGAGCUGCCCCCUCUGCCUCAGCCUCAGGAAGCUGAGGAGACCCUUGGAAAGAGCACUGAGCCCUUCCCGCCCCUGGGGCUGGAGGCCUGCCGCUGCCAGGGGCCCAGGUCACCACAGAGCCCACCGGGUCGGGGAGUGUGGGGAGGGUGGCCCAGACCACACAGCACCCUGUCCUGGCCCAUGUCCUGGGAGGGGGCUCUUAGAUGCAGCCUGCAGUUCAGUUAGGCCAGAGAUUGGCCGAUGAGGAGAGGGCAGGCCCCCGAGGGUCACAGACCUCAGGAAGGAAGGCCGUGGGGGCUGUGGCCCUGCCCCCACUCGUGGCCACACAGGCAGGGCCCGGCCCCCAGUGACAUACUGUGGCAGUGACAUACUCCUCCCCUCCUCCCCCCCACCCCUCUCCCACUGAUGCCUCGAUGCCUCGUAGAGCAACCUCGGACUGAGCGCCUCUUAGCAAUACGGGGGAGGUUCCCAGGGCCCCGGGGCCCGGACAGCAGGGUGCAGGAGGCCAGCGCAGGUCUGGUGCUGGCGGCCCUUGGCGUGGGUUGUGAGCUCUCAGGCCGAGAGCCUUACUUACUUAGUGCAAAAACUGUAAAAGUGUACAGACUCUUCACAGAUUUUUAUCUGAAUUGCAAGUCUGACAAUUUUUGUAAAUGUUCUUGGUGUUCAACUUAAUGUAACUAUUUCACCUAAUGGUUGUACAUAGUCCUUUAGUCCUGGUGCUGCCGGGGGCUGCCCGGGACCGCUGCUCUCCAAUGGUGUGUAUUUUAUUUUUUAAUCUAGAGAACAGUAUUGGGCAGGAGGAAGAGGUUUGGGAUUUGGGUGUUGGGGUUUUUCCGUACCCAUGGCGUGUAGUUGCUGGCUUUGCAGCGUGCGGUCUGGGUGGGGUGCUGGGGACCUGCGCCCUGACCAGACCAGCAGAGGGGCUCCUGUCCCGGCCACGCAGAAGCUGUGUCCCAGUGUUGGGCCGUUUGCCACAGGGCCAGAGGGAGGAGGAGUGAGGGAAGGCAGGCCCUGCUCUGGGAAGAUAAGGCCCCAGGUCCCCGGGGCCCCAGGCCCAGCGUCUGCCGGAGACAGCUCUCCCCGCUGCCAACACAGAGAGGCCUGACUUUUUUGCUUAACUUGUAUGUUUAGGGUGAAGGAAACUGCCAAACUUCCUAUGAGUGAAGACUUUUUUCCGACUGCCCAGAAAGGGGGGUGGGGAACCAAGGCCAGAGCUCCACACACCGCCCCCCCUCCCAUGGAGCAUCUGCCCCCGGGGUACGCCUCUCUCCCUGCCGCCCGCCCGUCCGCGGAAGGCAGGCUGUCCAGGGAAACAGCCCCUCUUUUCUACACCUUUGGCCCCAAAGCCGCCCCCAGCCCCACACCACCUCCUCGCUCCCCCUUUUGUAAGUAUGUGAAAAAGAAAAAAAUGCAAACGUUGGGAGUCUUGGCUGGAGCUCCUCCUUCCAGCUGUGACUUUUAACUAUGUAAUAAUGUACAGAGAAAGUUGUUGGUGUUCUAAGACUGUGUGGCUGUGCAAUUUCUGUACAUUUGCAAUUAGAAAUAUUAAAGAUUUAUUUAGCUAUU